AUGACUGGUAAGCGCCAGUUUAUGCGAGCAAAUGGGACUGGGGCCAUUGGGCAGGUGCCUAGCCUUCUAGAGGAUUACCUACCUAGUAGUGUGCCAUCAUCAUUAUGCAGGCAAAUAAUUUUUGAUCGUGUGUACGGUAGUGCCCAGCACACUUUAAUUUCGAUGCAACCUCUGCGCUCUCCAAGGUCGUACUGCAGAUCCCUCUUUCCAGGGAUGGGUGCCCUGCGCGUCGCCAUCGUCCCAAACGGCAUAGCGCUGUCUAGCGCGCGGAGGAGCCCCGGAGGCCCUGCCAGGGGCCCUGAGCAAGGUCCUGGGCCUGCCAAUAGCGCCGUUGCACACCUUCAAUUAGCUGUGAACACCAGCAAAUUGCGAGACGCGAUGCCCUCGAUCCACCCAGACGGGGGCCGUGGACGAGAGCUUGUGUGUAGCUCGAGCACAGGCCCAGGCACACACAGGCACUGCGAAUCAGGCUGCUGCCGGUACUGGGACUUUGCUGCCCUUGGCCGGCUGGGCGGCACACGUCAAUUCGUAUCCUCGCUUCCCCGUGGCCGCCUCAUGGAGAGGGACAGCGGCCCUGGCCAGACAGUUAUUAUUGGGAGUUGA